CCGUUCGUGGAUCCUCGACUUACACGAAGCACCAUUUGAUAAUAAGAUUUUGCACAGCGUGAUUUUGUUUUUGUUUCAUAGCUUGGUCGGAGAAUUAUGGUCCUCAGCAGGUAAUGACACAGAGUAUGUCACGGGAGCCUGAGACUCCACAUGCACAUCCAAAUUCGAAUCAGGCAUCAACAACAUUCACUACUGGGAAUGCCAGUGGAGCCGCGUCCGAUCAGAUACGUCCCUCUGGUGCGAUGCGCCAUUCCGAAGCGCAGAAGCCAACUCACGAUACCAAUUCCGAUAAAGCAACUUCAGCCUUCAUCCGCCGGACCCUAUGCUCCCACGAUGUCCUUCUAGGAAACGGAGAGAAAGGGCGUAAUACGCCCCGACCCAUUGAAGACGUACUUCCACCGUUGACUAGCUCUAACGCAGUUGACUUACAGCUCUAUGCUAUAAUAUCUGUUAUAAUCAAAGAGUUCGUUCAGACAUGGUAUUCCAAAAUCACACCUGACCAUAUAUUCAUCAAUGAGGUGAUCCAAACAAUCGCACACUGCACACGCGCCUUGGAACAAAGACUGAGAAAGAUUGAUCUGGAAGCUCUUGUGCUGGAUGAAAUACCUGGCUUGCUGGAGGACCAUCUGACCGCAUUCCGUCUAGCAAGGUCUCAGGCAAGCCAUCAUGGGAUCUUGAUUCCAGACCCGCGGACAGUCUAUCAUACACUGAAUCCGCAUCCUGCAUUAUCACCUGUCCCGACGGACGCAGUCCCAGCUAGCAGCGUUGAACAAAGGGAAAACGAAUCCGCUUGGCGCCAGCUACUUGUUCAAGGCGUGCUAGCCGUAUUACUCCCGACCGAGGAUCUGGCAAAUGGAUGCUUACGAUCCCUCGUAGCAGAGAUCUUUGCGGAGAUGAUUAUCGGCAACGGAAUUAGCGGUAAAGCCUGCGAAGGUUGGUUGCUCUGGGAGGGUAUCACUAGGAUCGCGGAAGUUUUGCAACAUAGUACUACAGCAGAUGACCUUCAAUCGGAUGACUUGACGCCAGACCAGUCACUGAGCCGUCUCGAGCGCUUUGGAUUGCUCUCCACACCUGCAGAAGGUGAGGGCCAUGGCGUGUCAACGGCACUUUCGACCAGUGACCGCCAGGCCACAAAUCCUCGACUCACCGUUUCUGGAUUGUUUUGGGCCGUGGUGCAGUAUGCGUUUUUGGCGUACACGGUGAUGCGCGCUAUGAUCGUAGGGAUUGCGACAUCAUCCUCUCUUCCUGGCAGGUCUACCACUGGAGCUAGCGUUCAGUCACCAGAUGAGGGAGAUCGCCAACCACAACAGCCAUCAGCUACUCAACCAAAACGGCUGGGCCCGCUCCCUUCGCAACGGCCCAUAGUGAGGAUGAGGUUAUGGGCUUGUGCCUCGAAACUCAUUGAGCUGGACUUACGCAUGCCUUGGCUAUCGGGCCUCAUAUCAGCAAUGCAUUGGGGGGCGUUAUUCGGCCCAGGGAGGGUGGGUGACACUGAUGGUGUAUUGGACAGGUUCCUUUCUCACACCAUGCGUAUGCAUGUCUUUAACCCCGCCUUACUUCCCAUCCUGCUUCGCACAAUUCGAGCAACUCUAUUCCCGAACAAUGCGCUCGCUCCCCCACGCCAGGUGCCUACUGCUGAAGAAGCGAAAAACAUCAAGCGUCGCUGCGCAGCUACUCUAUUGGACUUACUUCCUGGGAAGGUGGCAGCUGCAUUAUUUAAUUGUACAGACUCGAUGGUGCAGCUGCAGCAAGUCGAGGAGAUAUUGGAUUGUCUAGAUGACCCUUACCUGAACAAACAUUUCAUAUUCUCAAUAGUGGAGCUGAUUAUUUUGAGACUAGUUCCGGAGCUGGGUGAGAGGGGGAUACAUGAAUUGAUAGAAGAGAGACUGGGCUAAUCCCUGGCAUGUCUACAGUGAUCGCGGAAUGUCGUCCUGUGCAGCGGCAGUUAUCGACAUAACUCAAUUGAAAAAAAAUCAGGAACAAAAAUCAGUAGAUCUUGUGUGUAUCGCUGGCAUUACCUACAUUCAGUCACAAAGUCGUAAAGGUACGAGCACCUGGUGAGAAUUGGUCGCUGAACUGCAGCUUGGCCAGGGCUUCAUACCUUAGGGUGCCCAAAGCUUCUCACCGCUCGUAAGGACUCUGCCAGCCUCGCAUACAGACGAGAAUUAGUCACUGCAUCAACAACAAAGAAAGAGGCCUGUGGGGUUCCUUGAGGAUCGUUCAAUCCCCA